UUCAUUAAUUUCUCCCCCCCAAAAAAAAACCCAUCAUCAAAGUUGGGUAUUUGGCAGCCACAUUUACAAUCCUUUGAUUUUCCAUUCAAUUAUCUUCCGCAAUCGUCGCUUCCCAUAAAAGUACAAUAUUCUGUACAGAUUUUCAUAUACAUAUAUAUAUGGAUGUUUAUCGUAUGAAAAGGUUUCAUUCUUUUUUUGUGUCUUCCUAAAAGAAGGAAAGAGAGAAAAAGAAUGAAAAAGAGCUGAAUUCUGAAGGGACUGAAAGCGCUCUAAACUCAGUUUACAACUCACCUUUCUUCCCCACUGUUUGUUUCUUUGUUUUUUUUUUUUUGUGUGUGUGUGUGUGUGUUGGGUUGGCGCCAAAAAGGAAAACACCCAGAAAGAAAGUUUGGGGGGGAUCUUUGGUUCUUGAUCACAUGAUCAACGGCCAUUGAAAUUUAAAAAAUGGGUUGCGUCAGUUCGAAGCAGGCGGUGUCGGUGACGCCUGCGUUAGACCAUUCCGGCGCUUUACGUGACAAUGCCGGUACCGUUAGCUUUGGUAGUAAUUCGUGUCGGUCUCGGAUCGGAUUCUCGGAGCUGGAGAAGAAGACCACCGCCGGCGGCGGUAAGAAGAAGAAAAAGAAUAGUAAUAGUGGGGGUGUGAGUGAUUUCGGCGGUGUUACGGGAGCAUGUGGGAACGAGUUGGGUGACUCGGGUCGGGCGAAUUUGAGAUCCGACUCGCUGAGUUUGCGGUUGGGGAAUUUACAAAAGUAUGUUGAAGGUGAACACGUGGCAGCCGGCUGGCCUGCUUGGCUUAGUGCCGUCGCCGGAGAAGCCAUCCAUGGUUGGGUUCCACUCAAGGCUGACUCUUUUGAGAAGCUUGAGAAGAUAGGGCAAGGUACAUAUAGCACAGUGUUUCGGGCUCGAGACCUUGAGAGUGGGAAAAUAGUUGCUCUAAAGAAGGUUCGGUUCGACAAUUUUGAGCCCGAGAGUGUUCGAUUCAUGGCAAGAGAGAUCCUGAUCCUUCGUAGGCUUGACCAUCCGAAUGUCAUAAAAUUGGAAGGGAUAAUUACUUCCCGAAUGUCAUGUAGCAUAUUCCUCGUAUUCGAGUACAUGGAACAUGAUAUUACCGGGCUUUUAUCUUGUCCCGACAUCAAGUUCAGCGAGUCACAGAUUAAAUGCUAUAUGAAGCAGUUGUUAUCAGGACUUGAUCACUGCCAUUCACGGGGUAUAAUGCAUCGUGACAUUAAAGGAUCAAACCUCCUCGUAAAUAAUGAAGGAAUCCUAAAGAUAGCCGACUUUGGUUUGGCUAACUUCUACGGUUCAGGGAAACGGCAACCGUUGACAAGUCGUGUUGUAACCUUAUGGUACCGUCCCCCAGAACUUUUGUUGGGUUCUACAGAUUAUACUGCAGCUGUGGAUCUUUGGAGUGUCGGCUGCGUGUUUGCUGAACUUCUUCUCGGGAAACCUAUCCUGCAAGGACGAACUGAGGUCGAACAACUGCAUAAAAUUUUUAAGCUCUGCGGUUCCCCACCCGACGAUUACUGGAAAAAAUCCAGACUUCCUCAUGCAACUCUAUUCAAACCACAACAACCUUACAAUAGUUGUCUUCAGGAGACUUUCAAAAUUUUACCGGCAACUGCUGUUAACCUAGUAGAAACUUUGCUUUCAGUGGAGCCGUACAAGCGUGGAACUGCUUCCUCAGCUCUUGCAUUAGAGUAUUUCACAACAAAGCCUUACACAUGUGAUCCAUCAAGCUUGCCAGUAUAUCCACCUAGCAAAGAGAUAGAUGCAAAACAUCGUGAAGAGGCAAACAGGAAAAAGAUAAGCGGAAGAGUUCGUGGGCCUGAAACAAGAAAGCCAAUAAGAAAACCCCUUGGUGCUGCUGCAGAUACUCGAGGUUCUCGGAAAAUUAAUGGUAACCAUGAAAUCUCAAAGCAAAGAAAUGCUACUAACAAUGAGGGAGCAUCAAAUCCAUCUACUGAUGCACUGGAAGAGACUUGUCAUGUAAAGCAUGAAUCCCAAGGUGAUAUUCCCUUUUCUGGUCCAUUACAAGUUGCUUCAUCGAGUGGCUUUGCAUGGGCAAGAAGACGAAAAGAUGAUGCAUCCGGAAGAUCACUUAGUAGGUCCAUCUCAAGAGGUCACAUUUUCAGUUCUUUAGAACCUUCUGCUCCAUUACAUACAAGAAAUGAUAUUGAUUUGAAACGGCAUGAAAAUGGGGAUGUUAUAAAUGGAGGUCGAACCGAUUCUAGAGGCCAUGAUUCAUAUGAAGCUGCCAAGCGUGACAUGCAGAAACAGUGGAGCCAGUUCGAACAUCCAGAUUCUUUUGAUACUUCGGAUGGAUACCACUCGCAAGAGCUAUCAUUGGCACUUUAUCGAAGAGAGGAAAUGGCGGCCAAGAGAAAUAAUCCGGAUUCCCAGGAUGAAGUCGACAAGGUUGAGUUUUCAGGGCCUUUGUUGUCUCAAUCUCACAGAGUUGAUGAACUCUUAGAACGACAUGAACGAAAGAUCCGCCAAGCGAUUCGGAAGUCGUGGUUUCAAAGAGGCAAAACACAUGGGAAAUAGUCUUAAGCUACUCUCAUGUCUAAUGGCGGGGUACGAAGAAGCUUCUUCCUCUACUCUAACUGCAGCAGGGAUAAGUUGACCACCAUGUCUAUAAAAGCAUGCCAUUAACAACCUCGAGCCGAUCCUUGUGCUCCAAAGCGGCAAAGAACAAAACUCGGAAACUGCAAUAUGAUGGUACGGGGGUGUGUUUGAAUUUGUAGAGCCUCUAAUGAGAGAGGGACCUUAGGUGACUUCUCAGUCCCUUUCUGCAAUGAACCAUACUUGUUGCUUUUUUCUUCCAUUUUUGUUUCAUUACUUUCUGCUCAUCAAGUUAGACACUAGAAUGUGUAUAGGUUCAUAGUAACUGAUUGUGAGAGCCAUCUUGUUUAUGAUCAUUGGUUCAUAUCAAUAUCAAUUUAUGAUAUUAUAUAUAAAAUUUGACAUUCUACUA